CUUUCACCUAUUUUCGUCCCGGACCAGUUAACAGACGUAUGUAGUUUAGCUACAGUAAUCAGUAUAGUGGCCAUCUGUUGCCGUAACGAGCAUUCGUUGUGCUUUUAGCACUUAUGAUCGCAAGUGAUAAUAUUUUCCGUGAAAAAUACAUCCAAACGAAUCACAGCGCGCAUGCGUGAUAAAAACGUCAGAUACAAAAGUCUCUGUGGAAUAUAAACACGUGUAAGCUCAUAGUGAAAAAUAUGUUGUAAAAAUCGUUAUAAAAACCGGUCGAAAUGGGUCAAGAUGUGGGGUUGGACGCGAUUUUACAGGAGUUAGGAUAUUUCGGGAAGUACAAUAUAGUGAAUUAUGCAUUGUUGUUGUUCCCUGUAUAUUUGGCGGGAAUGUUUGGCUCAGUCUUCGUGUUUGAAGCGUCGGAUAUAAAUUACAGAUGCAACAUCACAAAGUGUGAAGAUCUCAAUAACAACAGUUGGCUCGAACACGCAAUACCUAAGGAGAAAGACGUGCUGUCGAAAUGUAAACGGUUCAUGCACCACAACUACUCUGCCACUGCAACGUGUAGUAUAGAAGACUUUGAUAAUUCCACUGUGGAGAAUUGUGAUACAUUUGUUUACAGUGAUGAGGAUUCCGCUGUUAGAGAUUUCGAUCUUGGCUGUCAAAAUUGGAAGCGAACUCUCGUGGGGUCCAUUCACAACACCGGUCUUUUUAUAUCACUGCCCCUCACUGGUAUCAUAUCAGAUAGAUACGGCAGAAAGGUUGCCUUGGCUGUGGCCUCACUUAUGAACGGCAUCUUUGGGUUCCUGAGGUCCUUUUCUACCAGCUAUAUCAUGAUGCUUGUCUUUGAGUUCUUGGAAGCUGCUUUGGGAGCUGGAGCUUAUAGCACUGCUUUUGUUCUUGCUGUGGAACUAGUAGGUCCUAAGGGCAGAGUCUUUGGAAACACCCUCAUCAAUGCUGUCUACGUGCUGGGUCUCAUGUCCUUAGCAUCUCUAUCAUGGUGGCUGCAGAAUUGGAGACACCUCCUCAGGCUUAUUUACGUACCAGCCAUGUUUGUUGUGUCAUACUACUGGAUAUUAAAUGAAAGUGCCAGAUGGCUGAUCAGCAAAGGGAGGCAUAAUGAAGCUGCAGCAAUUUUGAAAAAGGCAGCGAAAAUGAACCGAGUAGAUCUAUCUGAAGAUGUUCUAUUACCUUUAUAUGAACUAGAGAAAGUUAACACUGAUACAGACAACGAGAAAAGUAAAGACGCAAAUAAGGUAGAGAUAGAGGAAAAUAAAGAGAAUAAGCAAUCGAAUUUAAUGAAAGUGAUCAAAUCUAGUAUAAUAAGGAAACGGGUAAUGAUAUGCUCGUUUUUGUGGAUAACAUGUACUUUCGUUUAUUACGGACUAUCUAUAAACUCAGUGUCUCUAGCUGGGAAUAAGUAUGUAAACUUUAUGCUGGUAGCGUUUGUGGAGAUUCCAGCGAACAUUGUGUGUUUGUUAGUGUUGGACAGAUUUGGGAGGAAGAAAGUGUUGAUAUUAACUUAUGUUCUGAGUGCGUGUUUAUGUAUAAGUUUAUCUUUCGUGCCAAAAGAUCAAAAAUGGUUGUCGCUAGUCAUAUAUCUAUCGGGAAAGUUCUCUAUAACGGUCGCGUACAGCUCCGUGUACAUUUAUGUAUCGGAAGUGUUCCCGACCAACGUCCGACAGUCGCUGUUGGCUAUUUGUUCGUCGUUGGGCAGAGUUGGGUCGACGUUGGCGCCGAUGACGCCCUUACUUAAUCAAUACUACCACAAUCUGCCGGCGAUAUUCUUCGGGAGCAUGGCACUAAUUGCGAGCGUCCUCGUGUUCUCCCUGCCAGAAACCAUCAACGUGGCUCUACCAGACACGGUGGAGGAAGCUGAGAGGAUAUCCAAAAGGAGAGACCAGAAAGAACCUGCGUAGAACUAACUCAAUCAGAUACAGGACGGAGCGUUGUAAAUGAAAAAUUGGUUCCUUAUCGGUAGUUAUUAUCAAAACAUUUUCUGCACCCCUAAAUGGUUAACAUUCCACACAAAAGGUAUACCUACAGGGUAUUUGGUAAUUAGUAUACAAUGACGACACGU